CUCUGAUAAAAAACGUUAUUCAUAAUCGUUUAUAAACCUUUGAUAGCUAAAACAGAGUUUAAUAUUUUCUUUCCACAGACUAUACAAAAAGAAUGAACGAAAACAGCUUUUUUGGUGAUUUAACUUGGUGGACCAUGUAAAAUCAUAGACAAAUCGCAGAAAAAAAAAAACAAAAAAUUGGCAGCUGUGACGUUUUACUUACUGACAUUGACAUUUGGCACGAAAAUUUAAUAAAGUUUUCGGUUUUUUCGAUCAACUCCCAAGUUUUAUCAAACUUUUAUAAAACUUGGGAUUGUAUGUUCUGGAUUCUGUACCUCUUACCCUGUACUCUGCAAUAAGCUCUUACGACGACCCGGCUAGUUACAUCGGAUACUAAUUAUGUCCAUGACGAAGGAGAACAGACCGCCUAAAAGGCAACGAUCAGAAAACUGGUUGGAGGAAGAUAAGUAUUUGCUGAAAGAGUUGGUGAAAGAAAGAGUAAAUGCAAUCGAAAAUAAAAAUACAGACACUAACACGAAUAAACGGAAGGUUGCGGCUUGGGCUGAUUUACAAACAACGUUUAAUUCAAUGUGCGCUGGUAUGAACCGCUCCAUUACCCAGUUAAAAUCGCAAUGGAGCCUCAUAAAAAUCAGUGCGAAGAAUUGUCAAAAAAACCAAGAGCGUAGUUCGGCGCGGGCGCCGCCGGCGGCAGUAGGCGGCAUGAGGCGCGCGGCGCCCGCGCUCACCGUGGCGCUGCUCGCCGCGCUCGCCGCCGCGCCCCGCGCCGACCAUCGCGCCGAGCCCCGCGCCGAGCGUCGCGCCGCCCGCGCGCCGCGCUCCGUCAUCGAGGUGGAGGGCCCGGUGCCCACUGACACAGGUGUUAUAGACGUGCACCCGCUGGACCUGGCGGAGCUGCCGGAGAUGGCGGAGGUGCCGGCGUGGCGCGAGCUGUGGUACGGCUCGCUGGACGCGCUGCGCCUGCUGCGCGAGCCCAGCAUCAACAACACGCAGGAGGACGUGCUGGCGCAGCUCGGCGCCGUGGCCUUCCUGCACUGCCCCGUGCGCAACCUCGGCGAGCGGGGGGUGUCAUGGGUGCGGAGGCGGGACUGGCACAUCAUCAGCUCGGGCGUGCUCAUGUACACCAACGACGAGCGCUUCCAGGUGCUGCACAGCGAGGGCUCCGACGACUGGAUCCUGCAGAUCAAGUACGUGCAGAAGCGCGACAACGGCACCUACGAAUGUCAGGUGUCCACGGCGUCGGGCACGCUGUCGCGGCUCGUGCACCUGCACAUCGCCGUGCCCGAGGCCUUCAUCCUGGGCGCCGACGAGCACCACGUGGACGCCGGCUCCACCAUCAACCUCGUCUGCAUCAUCGAAAAGAGCCCGGUGCCGCCGCAGUACGUGUUCUGGUACCACAACUCGCGCAUGAUCAACUACGACGCGGCGCGCGGCGUGACGGUGGUGACGGAGCCGGGGCCCAAGACGCAGUCCACGCUGGCCAUCCGCGCCGCCGCGCCGCGCCACUCCGGGAACUACACCUGCUGCGCCGCCAACACCGAGCCCGCGCACAUCUACGUCUACGUCUCCGAGGGCAGUGACAAAAUGGCAGCCACGCUGAGCCGCAACAGGAGCGGGGAGCGGGCGCUGGCCACCGCGCUGCCGCUCGCCGCCGCGCUCGUGCUCGCCGCUGCCGCGCGAAUGCACGCUCGCGGUGCCUGCGCGCUCCCGCCGCUAGGGCUCUGAGCGUGGACACAGCUGCGACGAAAACGGACGCUUAGUGGCGAUGCUAGUGAUUGUUUACGGAGCACACACCAUGAUCGUGCUCAAUAAUAAGCGGUUGUUUGAAAUAGAUAUUUGAUCAGUUUAUUAUUUAUUUAUCAGAAAUUUCAAUUAUAUUUUCAAGUAAAUAACGCAACACAUCGAAUUUACUGAAAAUACAUUUUUAUUUACCUUGAUAAUAACAAAAUAACGCAUUAUUGUUGUUUAUUUUCUCGUUACUGUUAUAAAAUUACACAAAAUUUAAAUCUUCAGUCCAUUGCCUGUAAUUUGCAUGGAUGUAAAUUGUCUGUACAUACGUAUUCUUACUGUAACGAAACGGGGUCUGGUGGAGAGACGUUAUAACGUUUGUGUAAAUAUUCGUGAGUUAAUUAUCGACAAAUCUAUUGAAACAUUUAUAAAUAAUUAUAAAGGUUUUACAUUAAGGAAUCACAAACCAUUGUCAUCGAUCGUAUGUUGUGUAAAUAAUAACUUCUUUAAGUCGAGGUUGCGCGCCCGCCGCCUGUGUCCCAGCUCAGCCGACCGAGCUCUAAGCUCAGCUUACGCCUCGCGAACUGUACUUAACUACAGCUGACUACAAGCUGCCUCUUAUUUAAUUAAUAUUGAUCAGUGGUAUAAUUUGAUUUUUGUAUUCGUACCCUAAAGCAAUAUUAAAAUGAUACGAAAGAAUCUGAGACGUGGCACGGUCGACGAGCGCGCUUGUGUUUCUUGUUAAUGACUCCUGUCCCUCAUGACUUCCACAAAUAAAAUACAAAACAAUUCGAAUUAA